AUGAAGUUAGAAUACUUAUUAUCAGCCUUAUUGGCCUGUCAAACAGUUGCAGAAGCUUCUCCAAUUGAUCGUAUAUUCAGACAUAAGACGCCUGAAAAUAAACAAAAUGCUUUAGCUAGUUUAUUGCAAUCAGGUUUGCCAUUGCCAAACGCAACAAAUAGUAGUUAUACUAAUACUACAUCUAAUAAUGGCACCAACAAUACCACAACUUCGUACCAAAACAAAACGAACACUACUAAGCCAGCAGAUAGUUUGCAAGUCAUCUUCACAGGUGGUCAAGUUUCUAUCACUAACACCAGUAAGGUCCAUACCAAUACCACUAAUCUAUUCAACAGUUCAAGAGCAUUGAAUAUUACUCAAAUGUAUGACGUUGCCACAGCCAUUAAUUCAACCAUCAACAUCAACACCACUACUGGUGCUGUAGUUGUCGCAAACAGUAGAUCUUUAGAAGGUUUAGGUUUCUUCUCAUCGGUCUUAUUUGAUAACAAGAAACCAAUUGUUAUCUCUGAUGAUUCAAAAUUGGCUGCUGUUGUCGCCGCUGAUAAAGGUGCCGCUUCUCGUGGUACUUUAGUUGUUACUAAGGACGGUAAGAUUUACAACGGUGUCUUUGCUCCAUCUUCUAUAUGUAGAGAAGAAUGUGCUGGUAUCCCAGUUGGUAUUGUUACCUCUGCUGGUAAAGUCCAAUGGUUCUUCGAUGCAUCGAUCCCAACUUUAGUUAACUCCACCUCUAUUAUUAGAAGGGAAUUCAAGAAUUUCACUUAUGCUUCUGAUUUCACCAAUUCUAUUGUUCCAAUCGUUUACGAUGGCGAAUAUUCUUCUGAAUUGAUUGAAUCUGUUUCCGGUAAUAUUGAAGGUUUAGUCGUUGCUACCACUGGUUCAAGUAACUCUACUACAAGUCCAUUUGAAGAUAUACCAGUUGUCUUUGCUCAAGCUGAUUCCACAGAAAGUUUUGUCGGUGAAGGCGAUGUUCCAAAGGGUGCUAUUGCUGCUGGUUAUUUAUCUCCGGUUCAAGCUCAAAUCUUAUUGUCCAUUGCCGCCGCUAACGGUGUCACUGAGACUGAAGACGUGCAAUCUUUGUUCCCAUAA